AUGACAACAACGGCUACGCUCUUGCGACCUUCGGGUUUGAUUAUCACAUCAGCAGCCAAUUAUUUGAACUCCGAUAUUUAUCUUAUUGAUAAAGCCACACCUGACUCAACAGGACAUUCUCGAUAUGACUUGCAAAACGAUCAUGCGAAGGAUGGUUCCAAUGAUAAUAACACAUUUGUGGACUCUGAAGAAGAAACAGAUGUAAUAGAGAGCGUAGAGAAGGAUCCGUUUUUGCCCAACAACGAAGAUUUACCUCUUUAUUCUCAAGAUCCUUUUGAGGUCGAGGAAGUUGAUCCUUUUGUAAUUGGGGACGAAGAUGUCUUUGAUGUUGCAGAUGCCAAAUUGGAGAAUGAUGUUACAGAGUUGGAUGAGCUAACUCCAGAUCUAGAAGAUCCUUUCGAAGAACAUGAUCAAUUCCUUAUGGGCGAGAAGGAUGUCUUUGAAGAAAGGGAUGAAUUCUUGCAAGGAGAUGAAGAUGUGUUCGAGAGUGAAGAGGAUAUUUUUAACAUUCAAGAAGUUGACCCUUUCUUAUUGGAUGCUCGUGAUGAGUUUGAAUCGAAUGAACAUGAUAAGAAAAGCAACAUGAUGUCUAUGAAAUCCCUUUUCAAAAAGUUAUGGAGAGAAAUUAUUAUUCUUUUGUGUCUUUUGAUUUUUACGUGUAGAUUUUUCAAUGUCAUUUAG